AUGAAUGGGCGGAAGAGGACUCUGGGGGAACUCAUCACCACUCUGAACGCCGCCAAGGUGCCAGCCGACACAGAGGUGGUUUGUGCACCCCCCAUGGCCUACAUUGACUUCGCCAGGCAGAAGCUAGAUCCCAAGAUUGCUGUGGCCGCCCAGAACUGCUACAAAGUGACUAAUGGGGCUUUUACUGGGGAGAUCAUCCCUGGCAUGAUCAAAGACUGUGGAGCCACAUGGGUAGCCCCGGGGCACUUGGAGGGAAGGCAGGUCUUUGGGGAGUCAGAUGAGCUGAUCGAGCAGAAAGUGGCCCAUGCUCUGGCUGAGGAACUUGGAGUGAUCGCCUGCUUUAGGGAGAAGCUAGAUGAGAGGGAAGCUGGCAUCACUGAGAAGGUGGUUUUUGAACAAACCAAGGUCAUCGCAGAUAACGUGAAGGACUGGAAGAAGGUUGUUUUGGCCUAUGACCCUGUGUGGGCCAUUGGUACAGGCAAGACUGCAACACCCCAGCAGGCCCAGGAAGUACACGAAAAGCUCUGGGGAUGGCUUAAGUCCAAUGUCUCUGAUCCAGUAGCUCAGUGCACCCGCAUCAUUUAUGGAGGUUCUGUGACUGGGUAACCUGCAAGGAGCUGGCAAGCCAGCUGACAUGGAGGGCUUCCUCGUGGGUAGUGCAUCCCUCAAGCCUGAA